GAAUUCCAUGGCAGCGUCGUACAUGGCGUUAAUUGAAGUCCUGAAAUAAGGUAUGAGUACUAUAUAAUGACAGCCUCGCGCAAUCUAUUCCGGAUAUCCAGGUCACUCAGCACCGGAACCACAUACAUUCGUUUCUUUUUAAGCCUCCCCAGCUUAUAUUCACUCGCUUCUUCAGUCGCUUCCAUUCUCAUACGCAGGACCGUAGAUUUAUCCAACCUUUCACAAUGAAGUACAUUGCUGCUGCUCUUGCGUUCGCCACCGCCGUCGCCGGCCACGGCUACGUCAACAACGCCACCAUUGGCAACAAGGAGUUCACCUUCUACCAGCCUUACCAGGACCCUUACAUGAGCCCGGCCCCUCAGCGCAUAUCCCGUGAGAUCCAGGGCAAUGGCCCGGUCCAGGACGUGACUUCCGCCGAUAUCCAGUGCGGCGGUUACACCGAGGGUGGUAUCGUCGGCUCGAAGCCUGCUGCGCUUCACGCUGAUGUCGCCGCCGGCUCCAAGGUCGACCUCUACUGGACCAUCUGGCCCGAGAGCCACGUCGGUCCCACCGUAACCUACAUGGCCAAGUGCCCCGACGCCGGCUGCAACAACUACAUGCCCGGUAGCGCCGCCGUCUGGUUCAAGGUCCAGCAGGAAGGUCGCCAAGGCACCUCCAACACCUGGGGCGCCACAGUCACCAUGAAGGCUGGUGGCGUCGUGUCCUACACGGUUCCCAAGUGCAUUCCCUCCGGCAACUACCUUGUGCGCCACGAGAUCAUCGCCCUGCACUCCGCCUACUCGUACCCUGGCGCACAGUUCUACCCCGGCUGCCAUCAAGUCAAGGUCUCCGGUGGCGGCAGCAAGACGCCUUCUGGUCUCGUCAGCUUCCCCGGUGCGUACAAGGCCACUGACCCCGGUAUCACAUACGACUCGUACAAGGCCCAGACUUACACCGUCCCCGGCCCUGCGCUGUUCACCUGCUAGAUGGAUUAUGCGGGGAGACGAGGCGAGAGAUGAGUUCGCUGUAGAUAUUCGAUCUGUACAUACUUCAAGCCGUCAAUGCAAUAUGCAUCUGCC